GGCGCACGGCCCAUCAUGGCGGCGGCGGCGGGCGGCGCGUCGCGGCCCGAGGGGCCCGAGGCGGAGCCGCUGCAGUACAGCGCCGUGCUGCAGUACCUGGUGGGCGAGCGCCGCGCCCCCCGCGCCCUGCCCGCCGCGCCCCCCGCCGACUCCCGCCUGGCCGAGCGCCUCGCCGAGAGCUGCGGCUUCAAGGGCGCGCUGGCCUGCGUCGGAGGGCUGGUGCUGGGCGGCGCGUUCGGCGUGUUCACGGCCGGCAUCGACACCAACGUGGGCUUCGACCCCAAGGACCCGCUGCGCACGCCCACGGCGCGGGAGGUGCUGCGCGACAUGGGGCAGCGCGGCGUCUCCUACGCCAAGAACUUCGCCAUCGUGGGCGCCGUCUUCUCCUGCACCGAGUGCCUCGUCGAGUCGUACCGCGGCAAGUCCGACUGGAAGAACAGCGUCGCGAGCGGCUGCAUCACGGGAGGAGCCAUCGGCUUUCGAGCUGGUUUGAAAGCAGGGGCCCUCGGCUGCGGAGGCUUUGCCGCUUUCUCUGCGGUGAUCGAUUACUACCUGCGGUAACGGCGGUGCCCAGCUGCAGCGGGGCCACCAGGCUUGUCCGCCAGAGCAAGCCGGAUGGUGCCUGCUGCGUGUCCUACGCAGCUGACGAUCGGCCGGCCCGUAGCACAACUUCUGGCACAACAGCUGGAGCCUCCUGGAGCAGGGCCCGGCUCAGCGGUCAGUAUCCUCCGAAUGAAUUGGCCGACUGUGUCCGUUUCCAGGAACGGAGCCCGCUUUCCCUCUGCCUUCCAGGCCCUCUGGGGUCUGACUGCUAUCAAACGCAUCGCCUCCUUGGAAAGAUCCCUGCAGGCACUCCCUGGAUACGGAGACUCGGCUGACCCAUCUCGUGACUUGCUGCAGAUGUUUAACGGUACCUGGUUUGCAGCCACGGCUCUGCUGGGAAGCAGCGCGGUAUCGUGGGGGAGAACGCGUGGGCUCCAGCUGACGGCCGAUGCCUGGCUGCGUAGGUCAUCUUGUUUCGGGGACCUGGGAGCUGGGCGUCCCUGGGUUCAGCAAGUCCUCGUGCUGUUUAACGACUGGUCGCACUGAAAUAAAAGCUUAAUGGAGAGAA